AUGGAUGAAACUAAUGGUCCGCCAACAUCCCAGACGAAGACAUCACAACAUCGAAGACGAGGACAUCACAAGUUUGAAAUCAAGGCUACUGGACAGGCAGCGAAGGAUUACGACUUUGCAUCUAAAAGAGAACCCAAAAAGAGAACGAAUGUGAUAGAAACCAUCGGCCACAUAGCCAAGACAUGCCUCGGUGGUGGCGUGGUGGCCAUACACGAAAGCUACAAGAUGUGUGGACUGUGGUCUUCUUUUGUCCUCACUCUUGUAUUCGGGUUUUGCAUAAGCUAUGCUAUGUAUAUGAUAGCUCGCUCAGCACAGCGGAUGUACGGACGCGUGCAGGUUCCGUCCAUGAGCUACCCUGACCUGGCGCAGGCGACGCUGGAGAUCGGUCCCUUCCAAUCUAUGCGGAAAUACAGCAUGUGUUUUAGGUAUAUGGUGGAUUUUACGAUCUGCUUCAACCUGUUCGGCUCGUGCUGCGUGUACCAGAUCAUGAUAGCGCGCACCAUCAAGCAACUGGUGGAGGGCACCAACGACGUGGUGCUGACCGGCGACCCUCCGCUCCGGGUGUACAUCCUGCUGCUGGUCAUCCCUUGUGUGUGCAUCGGCAUGAUCACCAGCCUCAAGUACUUGGCGCCGUUUUCUAUUGUUGCUGAUAUUAUUAUAUUAAAGGUUGCGUGUGCAACAGUCUACUACUGCAUCAAAUCUUCCCCCCCGGAUCCUUUUAAGUUGCCAGUGUUUAAGACCGUGACUGGACUAUUCGAGUUCAUGGGUGUUUGUAUAUUCAGUAUGGAAGGCACGGGGGCGGUGAUGGCUAUUGAAAACAAUAUGGAGAAACCGAAGAAGAUCGCUCUUGCACUUCUUGGAGGCAUGGCGAUAGUGGUAAGCAUUGUGGUGACCAUUGGUUUCUUUGGUUACUGGGCUUUUGGGGAGGGAAGCAGAUCGCCUGUUACAAUUAACUUUCCUUUGUCACCAUUUCCAAUAUUUCUCAAGUGUUUAUUCGCCAUCAUGAUAUACGUGACGUAUGCCCUGAAUUUUUGGUUCCCAUUUGAACUAAUGUGGUUCUACAUCAAGAAAAAGUACAACUCUGAGAAAUUUUGGUUUUGGGAGCGUGUCUACAGAGCUAUUUUCAUCUGUGGAAUCACGAUUAUUGCUACAGUAUUUCCAAAUGUGUCCAAGUUUAUUGGAUUGCUCGGUUCGUUCUGCAUAUCGAACCUCGGUUUCAUUUACCCUGCGUUCAUAGAACUGUGCCUGGACUGGACCGACCCUGGUCUGGGCCCGGGCAAGUGGAGGCUCUGGAGGUACAUCCUCAUCACUGUCUUCGGACUGAUACUCUUCGUCGUGGGAUCUAUCACUAACAUUAGGGGACUCAUUGCGGAGUCCUUUUAGCUUAGACACAGUGGAUUUCAU